UGCAUAAGUUUAAGGUUAAAUUUGAAAACUACCCAUAACAAACGUAUUUAACCUCACUUUUUACGAUUUGUCGAUUAGAAAAGUGUAGAAAAGUUUGUUCUUGAUUUCCAGCAAAGAAAUAUAAUGGCUGGGUCGGUUGCGGAAGAUAAAGAAAUGAUGGAUACUAAUAUUGAAGAUGUUAGAAAAUUACAAGCUGUCCUCGAGCAAGAAAAAGAACAAGUACAAGAAGAUUUUGAUUUGAACUUUAACAUCAGCGAUGAAGAUGAGGAGUCUGAUGGAUACGAAAGUGAUUCGUCUUUAACAACCAUUGAGAAUAUAUCGGAAGAUAAACUCCAUUUAGCAGAAGAAGAAUAUCUUGCUGUGGAUUGUCUCAAAAUAAGCAAAAGUUUUAAUGUAAUUAAGCCUCAUUUAUCAAGCGAAGAAAUCAAUGUAAUCAAUUCAUGUAAAAAUCCAAAAUUAAAACAUUUAUUAGUUUUAAAUCGGGCAAAAAAUAUUAAUUUAAAAUCAAUCUUGUACAAGCUUUACAUGUCCUACAAAGAAGUCUUGGGGCAUAUAACAAAACUAAACGAAGAGGCGCGUGUUAAAAGGGAAGAGAAACAAUUGUACAAAGGUGUACCCAAAAAUAGAAUGCACCACCCAUAUUUUUAUAAAUCAGGCAUGAAAUAUUCUUGUACUCUUAAUGAAGAUGCUAAAAGGCGCAAAAUUACAAAUCAUUAUCUAAAUAAUAGUUCAGGAAGAUGGACCGUUCAAGAUCAAACUGUACUUAAAAGAGCCGUAUGUUUUCAAUAUAAUCAAUAUCAAAUUAAAGAGACUAAUAAGAAAAUAUCUGACUUAUUAAGAGUAAAAAAGGAAUACAAAGGUUGUGAUGUGAAUAAAAUUAUGGAGAAAAUUAAUGAUUUGAAGAAAGAAGUUGAGACAUUGAAACAGAAUGAGAAUGUGAGUGUCCCUGAUUUGAAGAAUGGAAUUAUUGAUUGGCUUCUAAUUUCAACUCAGGAUUUAGCAGGUAGGCACUCAUCAUACGGAUGUGAAGGAAUGUGGAAUAUGUUCUUACAUCCUUCAAUUAAUAAAAGUGCAAAAUGGACAGAUUCUGAAAACAAGAAAUUAAAUGAAUUGGCUGAAGCACACGAAUUCCAAGAUUGGGAUACAAUAGCAAAGGAAUUGGGCACAAAUCGAUCAGCGUAUACAGUUUGCAUACAAUUUCGUGAAAAGCUAAUGAAUUCAGUUGAUGUAGGUAGAUUUGAUGUCGAUGAAGACACGCAAUUAAUUAGGGCUGUAAACGCAUAUCGUAUUGGUAAUUAUAUCCCUUGGACGAAAGUUGCUGAACAUUUUUCAAAUAGACUUAAAAAACAAUUAUAUAACCGAUAUACCGUUUAUUUAAACAAAACCAAAUGCCAAAAACGGGGUCCCUUUUCCCUGGAGGAAGACAUCCUUUUAUUGAUUUUAGUACGGAAAUUUGGGGCUAAUUAUAAUACCAUUUGUGAAUAUAUCCCAUAUAGGAGUAAAAUACAAUUGUCAUAUAGAUACACUAGUUAUUUAAAUUACUCAGUUAUGAAAACCGGAAGUUGGUCUUUAUUAGAAGAUAACGCAAUAAUGCAACAUGUAAAAUGUCAUGGACCCAAAAAGUGGCAACUCCUUGUUGAAGAAGUUCCUACAAGAAAUGCUGCUCAUUUUAGACACAGAUACCAUCACUUAAAUAAAUGGUUAGAAAGCAAUAAAAAUAAAACAAUCGAGAAUAUUCCUAGAAAAGAUGAAACUAAAAAAUCAACUCUAAACACUACAUUAAUCCGAAAAAUAGCGGAUAUGUACAAAACAAGUACAACAAUCCCAACUUUAAAAGAAAUAACGGAAAAAAUAAGAACAAAUGGUGUAAAACCAGGAAGAAAAGCUAAAGUUCGUUACGUAAAUUCAAUGGUCGAUGAUGAGUUAAUUCAAUAUUUUCAAAGUACCCACAGAUUAAGAACAGCUAAAGAAAUUCCCGGCUCAAACAUCACGACAAUUUGCGCUACAGUGAAAUCUUUAUUAGCGAUAAUGCGCGCGGUUUUAGUUGUACCCUCCCAAACAGAAUUAAACUCGAUUUCAAAUUUAGAUUCAUUAGAUAAACAAAUAUUAACAAACGUAUUUCAAAACGUUUACGCUCAACAUUCGCAAGAAUUGAACGGCCCUCAAAAGAAAGUGAUUAAAGUUGAAUUUAAACAUUUUGACUCUAUGAUUUUACCGCCUAAUUUAAACACGUUGGUUGGUAUGCGAGGUUUAUUAUUAAAUUAUGAAAGAUGUAAAUCUAAAUUGACGCAAACAAUGAAUGCUACGAGUUUUACCGUUGCUAAAAAUAUGAUUAAAAAUUCUUUAAAUGCCCAAAUUAAUCUUUGUGACCCUAUCGUUCGGAAUUUAAUUGUUUCGGAACAGGAAGAAUUUGCUUUUCGGUUAAAAAGUUUAUUUAAAUGGCCGGCAAUUAUGUCCGGAAUUCAACCAUCUGAUAGGACGUUUACGAAUCGUCCGCAGAAACAACCUCCAAAAAGAAAAGUCGGACGUCCUAAGAAAGAUACUACCAAAAUAGAUUUGAUGUUUAAAGCAAAAUUAUUAAAAAAAGAACUUAGCAAAACAAGCAAUGAAGGCAAUGUGAAUGAAAGUGAACCUGAAGCAUGUACAGACAAGUUAAUUGAAACGACAGGAAGUCAGAUUUGUAUAGAAAUCGAUGAUAGUAAUGAACAGAAUGUUUAUACUGAACAACCUAAGAAGAAAAUUAAGUUGGAGUGUGAUAAUGAGAAGUUACGUGAAGAUAUUAAGAAAUGUGAAGAAGUGCUGUUGAAUGAAUUACGAAAAAAAUAAUUUUUUUUAGUUUAUUUUCUAAUAAAUAAAGAGUAUUAAUAACAAA